ACGACCAAUCACAGGCCUGAGAUCUACUUCCAUCAAUAUCCAACCGCCAACUUGCUCCUGACGGUCUUUCUUUUUCUGUACUUCUCUACGCGCCCGGGUGUUUUAGCUUGCAGCUUAGGAAGCAUUCUGCAACAAUCGGAGAUUUUUAGCGCCCAGAUCUAUUACCAUGAGAGCUACCGCGAGCUCUAUAUGCUGUCUCUAUUCUGGGAGGCCAGCGCUUGCAGUUGGCAUUCCAGCCCAGUUUUCUUCAGAAAGACAAUGUAUGAAAUAGCACUGGCUGGCCCUGUUUCUCAUUGUGUUUUUUCUUUGACAGAAAAUCUCUGUUUUUGCAGCUGCAUUAGAGAUCCUGUAAAAUAUUCUUAAUAUGGCGAGGUUGUCCCUCAGAUAUGUGGCUGGACGGCCAUCGAUACUGCUCCUCUGUGCCAUCAUCGCAACCACCAUCACACCAGGCUACGCCUUCGAUCUGGUCACACGCGCCGACACAUGUCCGGACUCCUACAAGCAGUGCGGAAACUCUAAGUUUCCAGAUUCUUUUUGCUGUUUGUCAUCGUCGACAUGUAUGAGCUUUGAUAAUUCGAGUUCAGUCAUUUGCUGUGAGGAUGGCGAGGAUUGUAACUCCAUUGCAACCAUCUCUUGCGAUGUGCAGCAACAAAAUGCCACCCUUCAUCCAAAAAGUCCGAUCAAGACGACACGACUUGAUGAUGAUUUGCCCAAGUGCGGUGAUUCUUGCUGUCCGUUUGGGUAUGAGUGCAGGGAAAGCGGCGGGAGGAGUGCUUGUGUGUUGGAUAGCAGUUCUUCUUCAUCGUCUUCAACGUCUACCUCUUCGACAUCAACCAGAGCAUCUACAACGCAUACAACGCAUACACCUCCUGCAACAUCCGCAACUACCGCAUCAGAUGAAGUAUCAUCAACAUCAGACUCCAUUGCCGUUAUCCCGACAGCAGCCCCCGAAUCCGAAACUUCCAAACAAGAAUCUUCGUCCUCAAGCCCCAGCCCCAGCGCCCUCCCAGACACAAGCACUCUAUCAAAGUCAAGUAACUGUUCCUCCUUCCCAACCCCAGCCAUCCUCGCCGGCUUCUUCCCCGGUGCCAUCUUCGGAGCAGCCCUAGCAUUCCUAACCCCAUACUGCCUCCGAAAACGACGACAGAACCUCCCUCCAUCUGCGAAGGUAGCACAGUUCACGGAACGAACGAGGAAUGGGACAUUACUCGGGAUAUCAGACCCAAUCCCCUCGGAAGAUACAGCGAUGCGUACGGAUUUUCUCGCCUGCCAGAGCCCCAACAUCAACAACAACAAAUCAAACAGUGCAAACAGUGGCAUCCUCCGCCGCGCAAGCGAAGGAACCCGCUCCCGCCUGCAUCGCACCGGCUCUCGCGUGAAAUCCUUCCUCAGCACCCGCCACGAUCCAACCCUCGACCCUGACGUCCCCGUCGUCCCGCCCUUACCCGUUCACGUGCAUGACCUGCAUGCACAUGCAAAUGUACAGUCAACACCACGUCCAUCAAGCACGGAGAGUAUACGAGUUUACACGCCACCGGGUGUCUUCCAGACAAGGGGGUUUCUGAAACCGGAUCCAUAUCCGGGGGCUGCGGCUUGGAGGGUUAAUGCGAGGCCAGAUACGACGUUUACGGAGAUGAUUGAUCAUGUGGGGUUUAGGGAUAAGAGGGGGCAGCCUUGUUAUCGGGUGAGAGAUGGGAAUGCAUAAGUAUUGUUGAGUUGAGACUGGGGGG